AUGUCGUCGAUUACAUUCCCGAACCAGCCGGCAGUUCACUCUGCCUCGUCCCAACAUGAAGACAUGUACUAUUCAUCCAAUGGCUUCGACUCCAGCUCAUCGUUCCAGAUGAACCCCUUAUCUUCGCAUCCUCCACGGACACCGAAGACGUCGAUUGUUUCUAGCUCGUCAACCACGUACCAGGCUUCUACAUAUGGGGGAAACGACGAAAAGUCAGACCAUGUGGAAGUGGACGAGGAUGACCUGGACGAAGAGGAGGAACGAGUCAAAGCUGCGGAGAAGAGAGUGCUGAAGGAGGAUGUCUGGAAGGAGAUGAUUCUGACUAGCAAUGGCAGAGAUAAAGCUUUCAAACUGAUACAAUACUCGAUAAAAGUAUACCUAUUAUUCCAUGGUUCCAUUGCCAGGAACCGCGUACUACGUCGCCCCAAAGGCAUCCAGCUUGACCUUGUGAAACGACUCUCGGAUACAGCGUCAGGCCUAUCAUUCACGAGAAAAUGUUUGCUGUUAUUCAAUUGGCUGCACCCCCUUUCUGCCAUUCGAGCGCAGCAAGCCACUCCGUUUGCUUCCGAAUCCUCCUCCAAGUCGUCACCCAAACCCCAAACGUUGCUUCACGCCGCCUUGUACGCACCGCCUCCUGUGCUUCUCGAACUCUUGAACGCGGUUGCAGAUGACCUUUCGACAUUAUCUUUACUCGGCCUGUUUGGCAAGAAGUUUGGAGACCGAGCGGGCAAGUUCUCUGAUUGGUGCUGGUUCCUUUCCACGCUAGUUGGUCUGGUCGAGAACGGGGUAGAGCGGCAGAUGAUUACCAGUCUGCAGGCAGAAGUCGAAGGAAGGAUGUAUAACGAAUCCAUGGCAAAUGGGGCUUCGGCCAAGUCCAAGCCCAAAGUGUCCAAGAUUGACGAAAAGGAGCUAUCGAGACUCCAGCGGCAAGACUAUUGGCUCCAAGUUACCCGAGCGAAGCUUGCUAUGGACCUGAUCUUCGUUUCCUACGACAUCUUCGACUUGAAACGAGGGCGGAAUUCCGUGAAGGCCUUCGCUGGCCUCACAUCAGCGAUUUUAAGUUCUGCGAAGCUCUACGACAAGCACAAGAAUACCUUGAUCAAAAGCAUCCUGUCGUCAUGA